AUGGCACCAAAGACCAUCAUUCAGCUUAAUGAGGAUGCCAUCUUCUUCCUUAAAGAUGGCGACCACCAGAGAACCACAUCCACUUUGCUCACAGCCUUCACUUUUUUGGAUUCCGUGACAACGAUGUCCGCCCAACACGCACAACUGGAUCCUGCGUUCGGUUUCAAGAGGAAGCUUCCUCCUAUUGCCAGUUUUGAGAUUCCUGAAACACCCGUACCUCAUGGGUACCAUGUCGGAAACGACUUGUUCACGUACUACAACCGAGCCUUGUCGGUUCCGGCUUGCAUGGGCGACAUGUCCUAUGAGUCCAACACCAGGCUCUCGGCCAUCAUUCAGUACAACCUGGGGUUGGCUUAUCAUCGUGCGGGCAUCCAAGAGAACAGCACAGCGCAGCUUUCCAAGGCCUUGCAGCUGUAUGAAGGAGCCUACUUCACCAUUGAACGAGUCAAGGACCGGGUGCACAUGGAAGACGUAUUUGUCUUGCUCUUGGGAAUCUUCUUCAACAUGACGCACAUCCACUGCAACAGCUUCAAUCUUACCGAAUGCAAUCACUGCAUGGACUGGAUGAAGAUUGCAUUGGCUUCCAGGGAAUGUGUGACUCUGCGGGAAGAUGAUUACCUCUUCUUCUCCACCAACAUUUCGCUUUUGUCUAUUCAAAUGCCUCACUUGGCACCGGCGGCGUAA